AGUGUUUCGUGUGAUAUUUCGUCGAAGCGCACGUCGUACGCAUCCGGCAUGUCCUCGCAAUUGCCUCCCAUACAUUCCGGGCCAUUCCGAUACUGGGCUAUGCAACACUGGGCCUGGGAAUGUAUUUUUGGUGCAAGAUAAAUUGAUUUUACUGAUUGAACAAUAGGUACAAUUUUCGUAUGCUGUCAGUAUUGCCACUAACCCGUAGGUAGAACGUGCAUCAACCGCAGUACGGAAAUGAAACGGUUGAAACUUAACGCGAAACAGCGGAGGAACCAAACGGAGAUUGAGGAAAGGAUAAUAUUUGAUCCAAAAAGCGCUAACGUGCAUCGAAACAUCAAAGCUCAUCACAUUCUUCCGCCCGUUCCCGUGUAGCGGUAACAUCCUAAAAUCAAUUAAAAAGAUCCGCAAUCAGGGGUAAUAUUUCACAGUCGAUCCCGAGUGCGCAUGCCCUUCGUGCCGUGACGUCGCUUGACGUCGAAGAUUUGACACUCUUAAUAGCAUCCAGCAGGCACAACACAAACACGGACAAGUGGACAAGUGCUGCGACAUACGGUCAGUGCUUCCAGCAGCUUUCCUUCAGCGGUAAAGCUUCGACAGGGUGAAGCGGAAUGAUGUAUUUGGCGGUGAAGUUGUUCUGCUUUUCCAUCGUCUUAAAUGUUGUGUGCGGUCGAUAUGCGACGUCGACCGAUGGCGAACCGCAGCAAACCUUCCGCAUCACGCCGAACGACAUCGAGGCGGUACAGGGCGAUGAGGUGGUGUUGCGCUGCGAGAUAGAACACCUUGCCGGGCGGGUCCAGUGGACCAAGGAUGGGUUUGCGCUCGGCUUCGGUAAUGAAAUCGUCGGAUAUCCGAGGUUUUCCCUGAACCAGAACCACAGCGACGGUGUCUACAAUCUGCGGAUCACCAACGCUUCCUACGACGAUGCGGCCCUGUACCAGUGUCAGGUUGGGCCGGCGAAACACAACCAUCCAAUUAGGGCGCAGGCCAAACUGACCGUCGUCGCCACAUCCAAAGACUUUCACGGAAAGUAUGGCCGAACUUAGAGAGGGGGCCGUCUGGAAAACUAUCAAACAUUACGUUCAACUAGCAUUAUUGCAACAUUAAUACUUUGUUUGUAAACAGUAUCACUUACAAUUAUGGUGACAAUGAUUGAUGAGCUUUUCCCAGCAGGAUGAAAUCAUAUUAAUUCGAAGAAAAUGGUUCUUAAUGAAGAAAUAUUCAUGAAAGCCAUUUCCAGGGAAGUAAACUGAAAUGAAACCAUUUUGUGUUCAUAAAUUCAACCAAAAAUACGGUAUAACACAUAUAUGUAUACACAAAGUAAGAAAAGGACUGUUUAAACCUUCGUUUUUUUAUGUUUCAAACAAAUUACCGAAUCGUUCCUUUUAAUUUCAAUUCGGUGACCAUUACAGUUGAACAGAUGAACGGAUAAUCACGUAUCGAUUAUGUCGCAGCGGACCGACCCGAUAAUGAGACGGUGUGUCACGGUAGAAAAACCAUAACGCACCGUACCGGAUCCGGUGGCUGAUUAAUGGCAAAUGCUCAUGAUUAAAAUGUAACACUGCGGCAGAACACCUGCAAAGCGGACCCUGGGUUCGUUCGUUUGAUUUUUUUUUUACAUUUACCCAAAGGACAGCACGAAAUCGCACAUAUCACCGUUAUUAAUGUAGGUUAUCAAUAGAAGCAAUAAAAAAAAAGUACAUUACACUCUA